AUGGUGGCGCAAGAGAUCGCUUCUGCAGCGCACGAUGCUGGCUGUGCAGGCAACGGAGCGCUGACGAUGGAGAAGAAACUACGGCUUUGGAAACAGGCCAAGCUAGACAAGCAGAGGGCCGCCCAACACCGAAGAAACAGCGUCGCAGUGAUCAGGCAUGGCACUGGAGAAAAAAUAUCGAAUUCAGGUCUCGUGAAGAGGAAAUUUGCAGAGCGUAGCAGGACAAUUACGGACAGAUCAUCAAACACGUUGCGUAGUAGCUUGUCUGUCUCAAAGAAAUCUCGAUAUUCUGAGGUCAUUCGCCAUACAACGUCGCACUCCAGUCCUGUGGCAAAGGAAGUGGCAGCAAUAAAUCGCGAGUUAGCUCCGAAAUCAGCAACGAAAGCGCGGGGCAGUGCCAAAUUUCCUGUUGUUAUUGAAGAUACUCCUGAACCAAGCCUCGUUGAAUGCGACGAGCCAGCACAUUCUCAACUAAACAGGAGUGAGGAUGCUGCCUUGGAAAAGAAGAACCAGACAGCGCCUAGCUUGAAACUACUAGUGCCGGUUAUUACAGUGAAGAAGACAUCGGGGCUGCCAGCUGAGGACCUUAUCAAAGAAAGCAGGCUACCAGGAAUUUUGUGUACUGAAUCCAAUCACGCUAUUCUACCAACAGAAAAGGUUACGGAGGUGCUUACUCCACUCAACAAGGAUCUUCCAACGCAGAUUCCCAGGUCAAUGCCAGUGCUCAACCUAGAUAUACCUGUUGCAACUAUAACUCAGUCUCUUCCAGAUCCAAGCGCGACAUCAGAACCCUCUAAAGACUGGAAUGCAGAUCCUGCUUUGGACAAGGAGAACCAGACAAACGUAAUCGGCUUCCCCAUUCAGAACCUGCGAGCCCCAGUCAUUACCGUUGAGAAGAAACCGGAGCUCCUCGCCAAGGAUCUUAUUAAAGUCGCAAUUAGCUUCCAGAACAGACAUCGAAUGGCUACAGCUCUUAGUGUUUUCAAGCGAGCGUACCACAUGCUCCCUAAAAAGAGCACCAAAUUGGUCGAACGGUUGAUGUACCUCGAGCGAGAGCACCCAAUUGCAGUUGGCCAAGUUCCAUCUCAAGAUAUGUCCACUACAGCUUACAUGGUAAAAGUCCUUGAAUGCGACUUGAUGGCAGUUUUGAACUACGGCACCAUAAAGGAACUCACAGAGCUGCACGCAAUCGGUGCCAAGCGAGCUGAAUUUGUACUGGACAAACGACCUUACCAUCAGCUCGAAGAACUGCAACGAGUGCCCGGCAUCUCGUCCAACGUUGUCGCAAGACUGCACGGACACCACACAAACUGGGAAACCCACCUCUGA